AUGAAUAAAGACCAACCAGUCAUAAUUGAUAAUCGAUAUUUACUUGCAUCCUUACAUUAUUAAGGCCGACAUUCUAAUUUUUACAAUGCUGUAGACAUCUAAUAAGAACAAAAAUAGAUCUUAAUUUAAAUAGUAUAAUGAUGUGUUUAUCAUAAUUAGAUAACUGAUUAAAUAUGUAUUUGUAAAUUAUUUAAACGAUUGGAGUAAUGUAAUAUAUGUUUAUUAUAAAGGAUAGCUAUUGAUUAUAGAGAUAAAUCUAAUGAUCAUCUUAAUAGAAUGUCUAGAUUUAUACCAAUACCAAGGAUUUAUAGAAUGGGAACAUUGGUAGUUUAAGAUAUUACUUAUCAUUAUAUUGCAUGGUAAAAGAGUGGACCUUCUUUGAAAUUAUGCUUUAAAUUGAUGAAAUAUAAAUUUUCUCUUAAAACUAUUACUUUGGUUGCAUUAAAAAUGGUAAUUAUAUAAUAAUAAUUAGUAUAAAGAUUUCUAAUUUAUAGUAAAUUCAUAAUUAAAAUAUUUUACAUAGAAGUCUAAAAUUAUCAUGUAUUAUGACCACAAAUCAUUCAAAUUUAUUAUUAACUAAUUUUGAUGAUUAUGUAGAAUUUCUCAACAAAGAUGGUAAAAUUUCUAACAAAUCUAAAUAAAUUCAUAUAAAAACAAAUAAGUUCAGUAGUAUUGGAUAACAUCUACAAUAAUGUAAAUUUAAUAAUUAAAUUAGUACCUUCUCCUCGAGAUGAUUUAGAAUCUCUUGGUUAUCUCUUAUUAUAUUUACUAUCUUAAGGCAAAUUACCAACUAAAUGUUAAUCAAAGGAUUAAAACAUAAGAGAUAAAUUUUAUAUGGAAUUCAAAAGAUAAUUUCUACCAGAGAAGGAAUUGAAAUAAUUUCCUGAAGCAUUUUUAUAUUUCUUUUAAAAUGUAUUUAAAUUAGGGAUAAAAGAGAUUCCUAAUUAUGAAAUACUUAAAUAGCCCUUUAUUUAAUAUUUAGGAAGAUAAGAAUAAGACUAUAAUUUUGAUUGGUCAGAAGUCUUUAAACCUCUUAUUGAAUUAACAGCAACAUCAGAAAUAUCUGUUAGAGAUAAAGCAUGUUCUUUUGAAGCUUUAAUGAUGAAUAAUAUUAAAAAGGAAUAUCAUAAAGAUAAUUAAUCUGCUCCAACAAGUCCAACUAGCUAAUAACAUAAAAAAAAACCAAUAAAAUCCUAAAGGUUCACUCUAGCACCUAUUUUAGAAAAAAAUGAAUCUUUAAUGACAACAUUUAAUAAUUGUGAUUCAAAUGCAGCAUCUCCUAGAUUUAAUCAUUAAUUAGUGAAUUUACUAUUUGAUAAUUGUCAAUAAGAUUCUUCAUCAGGUGAGAUUAGUCCAAGUGAUGAACCUACUGUUGAUUAACUUCCAACUUUUGAACAGCAUCAACAUGAUACUAUGUGA